GUCACAAUUCUCAAAUCGUUUCCUCUGCUCUUGCGCAGUCGUUCGGUUUCCAAGGCUUUUUAAACAUUCUUUUUUUUUCUAAUGCUAUAGCUUAUUUUACCCUAUUAGCUAUUACCUUAGUUUAGCUUUCCUUGUAUUGAUUGGAAGUUGUUCAGUUUUAGUUAGUUAUCGUCUAUCUUUUAUCACGUACCUGAAAUAGAUUGCAAAAUCCAGACAAAAAUAUUUAUUAUUAAAAAUUUGUUUAGAAACUUUUGGGAAAUUUAGAUUUCAUAAAACAUAAGUGCAUGUCUAAAUCUGAUUAUGAUUGUAUCAACUGCUGUUUUGAAUAAAAUUAUUUAUUUAUUUAACACACUUUAUGUUUAUGCAAUACAAUUGAAAUUCAUUCUUUUUAUUAAAUAUUUAUUUUCGCUUAUCUCUUAUUAAUUCAUAACUGCAAAAACCACUCUUUAAAGCAAAUUAAAAGCACCUGUUUAUAAACUGAUAAUAUGCGGGCAAUUUACUAUAAAUACUGGGAAAUUCGUUUUCCAUCACAUUCAACAAGUUUAAUUCAAUCGAAGAUAACUUUUUGUUAAAAAUGAAGUACUUUCUAAUUCUUUAUGGUAUGCUUCUAUUUGGAAGUUUCUUUGAGACCAUCAAUGCUGCUGACUGCUUAAUAGACCGUACAAAAAUAGAUAAAUUUUUUCCAUUGCUAUUAUUACCAACCUACCAAAGUUUUACGCAUCUUCUUGAUGCUACGUAUCUACCAGUACGUGGUAGCAAAAAUAUAGUAAUUGGUGAUGGAAAAAAUAUUGCUGUCGCUUGUCCGGGUGCGAAGGUUACUUUCGGAAAAACACAAACUAAUGUCGACCGCAAAUCAUGUACUUGCAAAAAUCAAAAAUUUCUAUGCGAUACUACUCUUUAUGUUCCUUCGGAUGUAAAGUGUUCAGACAUACCUAAAUCAGUGGUAAAUAGAAUAGCUAAUACCGAAAAUUUCCAAAUUGGAUUCAUAAUUGGUACUGCAUUUUUAACACUAAUCGAUGGAAGAUACGAUACAGCAAAGGAUAUAACACGUCAUACAAAUCAUUUAAUAUUAAAUAGCAUAAACGAUAUUAAAAUACCGGAUUCAAGACCAUCAUUUAUUGAACCAACAUUCCCGAAAUGCGGCGAUGUAUAUACACAGGAAAACCAAAAGAAAGCCAUAACAGGUCUUUUUACGGGAAGUCAAAAGAAGGUAGUGGAAGGCUACUUUGUAAAAGGACAAAAAUAUUUAGCGAAAGGUCAUUUAACACCAAAUGUCGACUACGGUUUUCUAUAUCAAAGAAAAGCAACGUUCUUUUAUCAUAACGCUGUACCACAAUGGCAACAGAUAAACAAUGGCCAUUGGAAAGCCCUAGAAGCUAAUGUUCGUGAUAUGGCCGCAAAGAGUAGUAACUUUUUAAAUAUCUACACAGGGGCAGUUGGAAUUUCAGAAUUUUUUCAAAAACAGUUAUUUUUAUGUAAUAAACAACUUCCAGUACCGAAAUUUGUAUAUAAAGUAGUUAUUCUUCCUAGCAAUGCUCCAAAAGCUAUUGCAUUUGUGAUGUCUAAUAAUCCGUAUGAUGAAACCGAAUCAUCCAGUUUUAAAUGUACAAACGUGUGUAAUUCUGUUCCUCAUUUCAUUAAUACAGAACACACAAAAUGUAACAAAUCCUAUGAAAAAGGAUGUUUAUAUUGUUGCCAAGUCGAUGACGUUUUAAGAAAAUCAAUUCCAUUUUUACCAGUUGGUAACAUGCCAUUACUUACUAAGAUAUAAAUAACAACCGCACUUAAUGAAAAUAUUAAUGUUUAUUCAAUAAAUUUUGUUGAAUAUAACGUUGAAGAAAAUCUUAAUCUAGAAAACAUUUCAUUCACAAGUUGUUCCAUUUAAAGCAGUUGAAUAAAUAGUAUAAUUAGCAGAAA